UUAAGCACAUUAUUAAUAGAGCAUUAUGAGUGUUAAGAGUAAAAAUUAGAUUAAAUGCAAAAUUAAAUUAAAUAAAAUCAAAAUUGUUAAUUGGACAUUAAUCUAUUUUUGGGCUGGAACAUAAUUUGGCGACCGUGACAGGACUAUGUGUUCUAAAUUUAAUAUUUCGAUCAAAGAAAGCCAAUAGAUUAAUGUCUAUUUUUCAUUUAAUUUAAAUUCGUUUCGUGUAAAUACUGGCAAGAGCUGGCUCUGCGUUUGUUCAACCACACGAAAUUCGCCUAUAGUGUAUCGUCUGUAGCAGUGUAGCGGUAUCCAACAGCCUGAAUCAACGGAUCAUUUGGAUUGUUGUGCCCGGGCAACAUUCUGUGUAAGCUCAGAUAGCAACUCUUGCCACAUAUCAUAGUAGUAUCCACUGUAAACGUACAUACAGAUUACACGUGGUUUUCAACAUUCAUUCGAGACCUUCUUUUCAUCAACAUCUGUCGAAGUUACCGACAGUUAGUCAACUCGUCAAAGUCACAGUGCCAGCAUACGGGACUUUUUACAGUACAGUUUCAUCGGAUUGCAGAUCUGCUUUUGCUACAUCAACAUCAUCAUAUUUUUCAUAGCUCAGCCAUUAUGCCUAACAUGGCUGAUGAGGAACAAUUACCUUUGUCCUCGCUAAUUCAAACACGUUCAACGAUUCUUCGCAACCUACAUAGUAUAAAACAACGAAUUGCUUGUGAAGAAGUCGACAGUGAUACGCAUGUUCUCGAAUGUCGAUUACAAAUUGCUGAGUCCUAAUUUUAACAUAUUUGCGACGUUCAGAACAAUAUUGAAGCUCUUUCUCCGUCAGACAAAUCAAGUGCAGAAGUUGAAGAAACGUACAUUUCAACAAAAUCUAAAAUACUUUCGUUAAUCAACCCCAGAAACCGCGUUUCUGAGUUGAACACUAGCAUAUUCAAAAUUGCCAAAAUUUGAUGGCAAAUAUGCGGAAUAUAAACGCUUUUUCCGCACCUUUUGCAGCAUGGUGCACGAUGACCCAACAAUGCCAAAGGUGGACAAAUUUAAUUAUCUUAUGAACUGUCUUUCAGGAGCAGCCCUUUGCGUAAUCGAACCCUUUCAGGUAACCGAAGAAAAUUAUCCGAAGGCUAUACAAUGGCUCAAAGAACGAUACGACAAUAACGUAUUGAUUUUUCAAGAUCACAUUAUAUCGGUUUUCAAUACUGCAGUUAUGAAAAGAUCUGACGCAGCAAGUCUACGUAAUAUCAUUGACAAUGUUGCAGCACUGCGAGGUUCGUUACUCUUGUUGGGCUCAGAAGGCGAUAUAAUGAUUUUAAUGCUAAUUCAUAUCGUCUUAACUAAAAUUGAUUCUGAUUCAAAAUCGGCAUACAAUCAAAAGCAAGAGUUUGAUUACUUGCCAUCAUGGGACGAUUGCUACAAGCGGUUAAAUCGGCACUGUCAGUAUUUAGAAACAUGUUCAAACGGGGAAAACUCAAAGGUAACACAGCGAGAUUGUAAGCUACUCGGUAAGAAAAAUGCAAAUUCAUUCAUUAACGCGAUGUCAAAUUGCAUACAUUGCAAUAAUGCAGAACAUAGCCUUAACAAUUGUCCUUCAUUUCUACAGUUAUCAGCUAAAAUGCGUUUUGAUUGGGUGAAGCAGACAAGUGCUUGCAUCAAUUGCCUACGCAAAGGACAUACAGUAUCUAAAUGCCCAUCGAAAUCUCGUUGCCGUAUAUGUCAUCAAUCGCACCACUCUCAUCUACAUUUCGCCACCGUUGGAGCUACAAAUUAUCCAUUUGUACAAAAGUUAGAACCUAAAGAGAAAAACCAAACACCUGUGCUGUUUACUUCGUCGAAUCCAUCGCAUCAUUCACACGCAAAAGAGCGAUAAUACCAACAGCCUUAAUUUACAUACAGGACAAAUUUGGAGUGAUGCAGCCAGCUCGUGCAUUAUUGGAUUUAUGUUCCGAAUUAAAUUUCAUCACCGAGGAAACAGCGAAUCGGUUGCAGCUUAAAAGGGUUUUCUCACAUCAGGAAAUAUCAAAUAUUUCAGAUAUUCGUUCUAAUUCAAAGUAUGCAGUAAAUGCGAAAAUUAAAUCUCGAAUCGGAGAUUUUACUUGUAUAUCGCAAUUUGCUAUAACUAAACAGAUCACGACACAAAUACCAAGUAGUUUUUUCAACACUUCUAAAUGGGAUAUUCCUGCAAACCUUCAGCUUGCGGAUCCUUACUUCUACAAACCGCAACGUAUAGAUUUAUUGCUUAAUGCAGAAAUAUUUUUUGAAAGCCUUCAAGAAGGGAGAUUUCUCGCUCUUGAACGACGUCUAUCUUACAACAAAUUAUUAAAAAAUAUGUAUGCAGAUUUUAUAAAAGAAUACAUUAAACUUGGGCACAUGGUUGCUAUAAAAAACUUUGAUUUAAAUAGUUCACACUAUAUAAUUCCACAUCAUUGUAUACUCAGUCCACAAAGUACUACGACCAUGCUUCGGGUUGUAUUCGACGCCUCUGCGCGCACUACUUCUGAUCGCUCAUUAAAUGAAAUACUUAUGGUCGGAGCAAGAAUUCAACCAGAACUAAUCAUGACAUUAUUGUCAUUUCGCUUGUAUCCUUACGUAUUAACCGCCGAUGUAUCAAAAAUAUAUCGCCAAUUUUUGAUUGACGAACAAGAUCAACGAUAUCAACUCAUUUUAUGGAGAAACGAGUCUUAUGAGCCAUUGCAGUUGUUUCAACUCAAAACUGUAACUUACGGGUUGGCUUCUGCACCAUUCCUCGCUACUGAUAGUUUACUUUAUAUUGCUGACGUCAAUAAAGAUGUCUUUCCACUAGCAUCGUCUGCUAUUCGUGAAAAUUUUUAUGUUGACGAUUUGUUAACUGGUGCAGAAAGCAUAGACAAUUUACAAAAAUUAAAAAUUGAAAUUAUAGAAGUUCUUCGUUCUCAUGGUCUUUCUCUUACUAAAUGGCACUCGAAUUCUACACAAUUAUCUGACGCAUCUUAUAAGGAAGUCAUAAUUAAAACAACUGAAGAAAACAUUACCAAAGCUCUAGGUACGUCGUGGAAACCUUUAGCUGGCACCCUUUGUUAUCGCUAUGAGUUAGCAGAUAUGCAGCCAGUCACUAAGCGAUCGGUCUUAUCUAUUAUAUCCAAAAUAUUUGAUAUCCUCGGUUUAUUGAACCUCGUGAUCAUACGUGAUGAUAUCGCCGAUUAGAUUGGGAUGAAACACUAUAAACCGAUCUACAUAACAUUUGGUGGCAGAUUAAAGCCGAUUUAAACUUCAUUAAUAAAAUCGAAGUUCCCCGCUAUGUACAAACAACAUCCAAUUCUGAUUGUGAAUUUCGUGGUUUCGCUGAUGCAUCAACGCGCGCGUAUCGGUGUUGCAUUUAUGUACGUUCUAAGAUAAAUCACACCUACAAAACCACAUUACUUAUUGCGAAAUCUAAAGUAUCGCUUAUUAAAGCACAAUCGCUUCCUCGUUUGGAGCUAUGUGCAGCACUGUUACUGAGUAGGACUUGGCAAAAAACUAAGGAGAAGUUAGUGACAUUCAGCAUCAACAUUUAUUUUUGGACUAACUCAGAAAUAGUGCUGAAGUGGCUCAACACUCAUGCGGCCACCUUAAAUUGCUUUGUUGCCAAUCCAGUCUCUGAAAUUCAAGAAAUUUCAUCUGGCAUUAACUGGAAACAUGUACCAAGUACGCAUAAUCCUGCAGACAUUGUUUCACGUGGGUGCAGCGCUCAAAUUCUUGUAGGGACAAUUUGGUUCUCUGGCCCAGAGUUUCUAAUGAAAAAUUCGUCAGAAUGACUUGUAAGCAAGAAGGGAGCUAACAUUAAAAUGCACGACGUACAACUGCGAAAAGGAAUCAACCUCAAGUGUAGCAAAAGCGGAAAUGAGAGAAAUGUUAUCAACGUCAUUAUCAACCGCUGUUCAUCGUACCACCGAUUACUUCGCACAGUUACAUACAUUUUUCGUGUUUUCAACAAAGUUGCUCUCAACAAGCAACUCACGCCAGCAGUGAUACUUCAUCUACCGGUAGAGGAGCUUGAUCAGACUUGGUGGAGAAUCAUCAUCGCUAUUCAACAGAUGGAAUUCGCGGUUGAAAUUGAAAUACUUCAAAGACAAUAACAAGUUAAAUCGUUUAUACAGAAGCUGACUCCUUUUCUACAUCAAAUGAAUCUUAACGGAGUGGCAGUUUCAGUGCUCAGAGUCGGUGGCCGUUUGUCAAAAGCACCCAUUCCUUUUGAUGCAAAAUUUCCGCACUUCUUUCGAAAGAUCAUAGAUUUACAUCAUUGUACAUGGAGUAUCUUCACCGAAAGCAUUUACAUGCUGGCCCAAAGGUUUUAAUAAGUCUGUUGCGUCAGCGAGUAUGGGUUAUAAAUGCCCGCGAAAUCGUAAGAAAAAUGUUUCGAAAUUGCGUGCCUUGUUUCCAUUACAAACCUAAACUAAUGAAUCAAAUCAUGGGGAUCUCCAUGCUAAUCGCAAAUGCAACGCCCAUUUCUAGUUAGCGGUGUCGACUUUUGUCGCCCUUUCAGUACGACCCAUCGUCUUCGUGGAAGAGCUCCAUACAAAACAUGCAUAGCGAUAUUCGUAUGCUUUGCAUCUAAAGCCAUACGUACAGAAUUAGUAUCCGAUUUGUCUACUAAUAAUUUUAUACUUUGUCUAAAAUGUUUUGUAGGAAGACGCAUUUACUUCGACAACGCCACAAAUUUCGUCGGUGCUCAAGCCAAAUUGAAGGAUCUUUAUCAACAGUUCUUCAAUAAAGCGGUAACUGAUGACAUCACUAAUUAUAGCACUAACACUGGUUUCGAGUUUCGUUUUAUUCCGCCUCGGGCUCCGCAUUUUGGAGGUUUAUGGGAGGCGGCAGUAAAAUCGAUGAAAUCCAUUUUGAUAAAAAAACAUGUCAAAUGCACACCUGACAUAUGAAGAACUGCAGACCGUUGUGGUUGAAGUUGAAGCUAUCUUAAACUCUCGCCCGCUGACACCUCUUUCAAAUGAUCCUAAUGAUGGCGAAGCGUUAACCCCAGCUCAUCUAUUGAUCGGAACGUCACUGUCGAUGCCAGACAAAGCCAUUAAUAUCAACAUUGUAUCUUUGUUAACGCAAUCGCAACGGGUGAAGUAUUUGAAGCAAAGUUUCUGGGACCUAUGGGCACACGACUUCAUUCUUAUCCUACAACAACGCUCCAAGUGGUUGAAGCCGCAGGCCAACAUCGAAAUUGGUCAAAUGGUCAUCAUCCAUGAAACCGACUUGCCUUCACAAUAGUGGUCACUUGGCAGAAUUAUCGAUAUCGCUCCUGGUUCAGAUGGCAAAGUGGGGGUUGUAGACAUCAAAACUACAAAAGGGAUUAUACGGAGAGCAGUCCAUAAAGUUGCACCAUUACCUAUCUCCGAUUGAAAUGCAAGCAUUUCAAUGGGGGGAGCAUGUUUGAUCAGAAGUAUGACACUGUGCAAAAUCGGAUGACCGUGACCAUGAAUUAGGCUAUUCACCUCUGUGAGAGCACAGAUUAUGCAUAUGCACACAAAUUCUUACAUUCAUAUAGGUACAUAUGUUAUGAUUUUCUAUGAUUUGUACAUAUUUGCAUUUUUUAUGUUCUCACUUUUUGCUUUUAAAUUUGUAAGUAGGUACAUAUAUACAUAUACAUGUACAUAUAUAUAAUACAUAUUUUCAUACCUACGCCCGCAUAAGAAUAUACGCAUAUGCUUACAUAUGUACGUAGGAAAUGAGAAAAUAAGCACAAGACGGGAUAAAAACCCGUGCUAGCAUACGAUUAAGCACAUUAUUAAUAGAGCAUUAGGAGUGUUAAGAGUAAAAAUGAAAUUAAAUGUAAAAUUAUAUUAAAUAAAACCAUAUACAUAUA